AUGCAGAUGGACUCCUACUACUUCCACGACGACGCCCACCUCUUCGCCGGCUGCGGCGUCCCCGGCUCGCCGGACCUGCCCUUCGCCGACCUCAUUGCGUCGCUCUCGGAGCCGCUGCCUGCGGUGGUAGAGAGCCAGAGCGCGUUCCGGGAGUACCGCGGCGUCGGCCUGGAGCUUCCGGGGACGGCCCGGGGAGGAACCGGGAACGGGAUCAACAUCCACCGGAGGAUGAUGGGCGUGCUGGGCAGGAUGGGGCCGGCCGCUGAGGAGGAGGAGCGGCCGCAGCACCAGCAGCAGCAGGCGGCCGGCGCCGUCGAGAGCAGCCGCGGGUUCCGGCACAUGAUGCGCGAGCGCCAGCGCCGCGAGAAGCUCAGCCAGAGCUACGCCGACCUCUACGCCAUGGUCUCCUCCCGCUCCAAGCAGGACAAGAACUCGAUCGUGCAGUCCGCGGCCGUCUACAUCCACGAGCUCAAGGUCGCCAAGGAGCAGCUCCAGAGGAGGAACGACGAGCUCAAGGCCAAGAUCCUGGGGCACGACGAGCAGCAGCAGUGCGUCAAGGUCCAGUUCGAGGUGGACGAGCCCUCGUCCUCCGUCGACUCCAUGAUCGGGGCCCUCACGCGCCUCAAGAGCAUGAAUGUCAAGACCAGGGGGAUCCACUCCAUCUUGUCCGGCCAGCGGUUGACGACGGAGAUGAAUGUCGAAACCACGAUUGCGGCCUGCGAGGUAGAAAAGGCAGUGGAGGAGGCUCUCCAGGAAGUAGAGAGGAAUCAGCUGCCUCACAGCGAGGCCCCGUUUCCCGGAAGCAGGACCGCCUGGCCUCAAACAUCACACGUGCAAAAUGUGUUCUGA